UCCCUCUCCAUCAGUGCGUGUUUUGCUCCGUUUUUCGCUCUUCCUUGUUCGGCGCGAAUCGAAAGAAACAGAACCGGCCCGAGAUGCUGCCCCGGAAGGGUCCCCCCGGGGGCGUCAUACUGUUGUGUUUCGUAGCUUGUGCCUGGGCGUUGUCGGGCACCGAAGAGGUUCUGGAGUGCCUGAGACGCGAGUACACCCUGAGAGCAGUGAAAACCGACCUGAAGGGCAGACAUUGCUGGGAUACCCUCAAGGUUGCGACCUGUUGGGGGAGAUGCGACUCGUUUGAGAUUCCUGAUUGGCGCUUCCCCUACAAGAUUUCAUACCACCCUGUGUGCGUCCACGACCGGAAGGUGCUGCGAAGGGUGAUGCUGCGAAAUUGCGAGAUAGGGGCUGACCGAGAGUUAGCCUUAUACGAAUUCCUGGAGGCAGAAAGCUGCACUUGUAGGCUCUGUAACAGCUCGGACACCUUCUGUGACUGGAGGAGUCACGUGCCCCUAAAGCACACCCCCUACGACUCACCGAGCGCCGUCCGAGACGAUGACCGGGACUAG